AUGUGGGAAGCAGAACACGAUAAUGUGGGAAAGAAGAAGUACCGCAGAAGGCAGAAGAGGCCUUUGUGUUCAACUAGCGAUGUGUAUGAGAGCGCCAUGCGGAACUUUCGCCAGCUUCUCUUAGAGCGCAUGUCACACCAUGAGGAUGAAGUGUUCUCUGCACGGGCACGCUUUCAAAUGCAGCGCGCGCAUGACAAGGAGCACUUUGAUCGCAUUCACCGUAAGCGGAAGAACAGUGACAGGGUGCGAGGGACGGCGGUGCGGCACUCUCUGCGUCACGCCAUCGUUUCUGCUGAGGACGUAGAGGAGCCGUCUGUGGCCGAGCAGGAGUUUCUCGCAGACCAGGAGAAGCUCUAUCUGGAGCAUGAAGAGGAGCUGCAGCGUUCCUACCCACUCGCCUUCUUGGACGAUGAAACUGCGGGGGCUGUGGCCUUCACACUCAUGCCAAUGCUGCGUGGCAAAUUUGAGGCGCUUGCACAGGAACGUACCCGACAUCACAAGGAAUGUAGGGAGAUCACUGAACCAAAGAGACUGUCGUCUGUGUCGAAUCCGGCAGUGCAGCUGCCGCACGGAAGUGUCAAGGAUAGUGCUGUGGAUAGGUCGCAGACCGUAUUUGUGAAGGAGGAACACGAUCCAGACGUGAGUGCCACAUUAGAGGUGGGAAGGGGAGCGUAUAUCAUUCCGCAGACAGUCACUCAGCAGAUCCCCAAAAUUAAUGAUGUGGGAGAAAAUGACAGGGAGGUGUCGCUGUCAAGUGAAGCAAAUUCAGCAGAUGGUAAUGACUCUUGUGAUUCUGUGGAUUCUGGUCGUGCGGUGGUGACGCCGUCUUGGCUUUCAACGAUCACUUCCCGUGGAGAAGUAGAGUUUGUUCGUACGGCUUUGCUGUCGAAAGAGCAGAGCCGUCUGGCAAGGCGCGAGGAGAAACGGCGGUGGCUUGAGGGUCUUUUAACUCCAGCAACCCCACCCGAUAUGCAGCAACGGGCACAAGAGGAACUCCGCCGCCUUGAAGUGGAGAGGAAAGAUGAGGCGCGAAAAUCGGCGGAACUUUGGUGUUUAUGGCGUGCUGUCAGGGACAGAAUCAACUCCAGCAGUUGCAGGGCUAAUAACAUGGAUGACAGGGAAUCUGCUGCCGCGAGCGGCAACCAAGACGAUGCUGAACGCACAGGACGGGAAAGGAGCAGUGCAUUCUCUGUUGAAGAAGCGGAAAGUGAUAAAGCUGUGGAUGACAAAGAUCGGGACGGGUACUACACGCCUACAGGUUUAGGCUCAGAAAGGUGGAGGAAGCGAAUGGAACUUGUGGCGACCCUUGACGAUAAGUAUGACAUCAAUAAAAGCACUGAUGUUUCUUCUGCAGUGACUCAUUUUGUUUCCUCUUGUCCGAACGCAUCUUCUUCCUUCGGUAUGUCUUGGGAGACGAUCACCAUUGACGAGUUAACCAACACCGAUGGUAGUGAUAGCAAUGUCAGCAAUCGUUUGGAGGUGAAGGCGCAAUCGUAUUUGUGGCCGCAUCACAUUGAAACCAGCAUUCCACAUGUGCUGUGUGGAGAGGCUGUGCGAGGUGGGGGUUGGUGGCGUGCGUUUCUGCCGGAUGCUCAGGGGACAGUUACACACGGAAGACAGCCUGAAGAAGCAGAGGAUGAUGCGGGUGCUAGCGGUGAUGGCCAGAAGUCGGGACGCCGCACGGAGGGCGAACUGAACGCGAUAAGUGUCGUCAAGUUUCCGCGUUGUGCGCGAAAGGUGUGGUUGAAGUUGGACUCGUUGGGGGACUUUGUUGCAGAGACAGUGAGGUUUUACCAGGCUAGACUGCACAUAUGA